AUGUUUUUCCCUCUGGCGGGGUUACGUCACACACGGAGAACGCAUCACGGACCGCGGGUGCUGCCGGGAUAUGUAGUUGUGGACCACAAGGAAUGCGCCGGCGAUAAAAUCGAGGGUUGCUUUGGGCGACGUCACGUGUUCCGGAUUUGCGCGCGUUUCAAUGGCUGCUUGUUGAUGUGCGACGACACUGACUUCAAGAAGGAAAAAAAAAACAUGCUUCCACAGAAGAAAUUGAGGAAAAGAACAAUCAGUUCAGAUGGAAAUUCUGAAGACAGUGUCAACUCUUCUCCAAAACCAAGCCUCAAGAGGAAGGCUUCUUCCUCUGUGGAGGCUUCGAAGGAGACGAGCACCAAGCAGUACUCUCGUUGGAUCCUGAAAUCUGAACCACAGAGCCGCUUUGAGAAGGGCAGUGACAUCAAGUUUGGGAUCGAGGACUUGAAGGCUUUGCCCAAUCAAACCAGCUGCUGGGACGGCGUUCGAAACUAUCAGGCACGGAACUUCAUGCGUCAAAUGAAAGAGGGACAAUUGGGGUUCUUCUACCACAGCAGCUGCAAGGAACCCGGAAUAGUAGCAAUCGUAAAAAUAGUGAAGGAAGCGUACGUGGACCACACACAGUUUGACACAAAUGAUGCUUAUUUUGAUGCAACAAGCAGAGAAGAAAAUCCCAAAUGGAGCAUGUUAAUUGGUACCAGACCCACCCACAAAAAUUGGAAAAACCGCGAGGUGGAUGUGCAGUACCAAAGAAUGCUGAAGCGUUUUCUUCCUCUGGCUGAGCUCAAACAGUACCACAUCCAGCACCGAACCGACGGGGGCCCUCUGAAGGACGUCAUGCUCUUCACCAGGAUGAGGCUGUCGGUGCAGCCUCUCACCAGCGCACAAUUUGACUUUAUUCUGAACUUGGAGGAUCAAGAACCGCUCUGACUGCUCUGAUGGGGUGAAAGCUUGUUUAUAUACGCAGUAUAUCAUGGAGAUAUUUGUUUAUUGUAAAAUGUUUGGUGUGAAAGGAUAAAGCUACGAUGAAAGAAAAACUUGA